AUGUUAAAGAAAGUGGUAAAAUUUAAAUGUUUAGAUAGAAAAAAUUAUAUUCAUAUAUCUUCUCAGGUAAAUAAGUCUAUGACAUACAAUCAUACUCCAACUGCUCAUGAAAAAAUUCAUAAAUAUCAUAAAAUACUUCUUAGAUCAGAGGAGAUAACAAAAAAAGAUGUACCAAUGUUAACAAAAACAUGUUUAAAUAUAACUAAAAAAUGUUUUGCUUUAGCAGAUAUUAUAACACAUAUUCCAAAUAUUAUAUUAGAAAAAGAAAAAAAUCAAAUUAAAUUAUCAAGAAAAAAGAAAAGUAUAAAAAUUGAGGAAGAUGAUUUCUGCAAAAUAUUUAGUAAUCCAAAAAAUAAAAAUGGAAAUAUUGUAGAGUCAUCAUUUCAAAAUAUUACAACAUUAGACAAAUAUAUAGAUUAUAGUUUUAAAAAAUUUUCUAAUCAAAAAUUACUUGGUGAAAGAAAAAUUGAAAAAAUUUAUGAAUAUAAAGAUAAUUAUGGAAUAAAAACAAAAUUAAUUGAACAAUCAUCUUAUGAAUGGGAAACAUAUGAUGAUGUUUAUAACAAUAUUCAAAAAAUACGUUCUGGAUUAAAAAAAUUUGGUCUUAAAAAAGGAGAUAAAGUUUUGUUUUAUUCAGAUACAAGAAAAGAAGUUUUAACUACAAUGUUAGCUUGUAUCAAAGAGGGUAUUAUUGUAUCAACAUAUAGUCCAAAUAUGAGUCUUAAAGAAAUUAACACUGUUUUAAAUGAUCUUAAUGUAAAUACAAUUAUAACAGAAGAAGCACAAUUUGAUAAACUUGUAAAAAUUUGUCAAUAUAGUAAAAAAAUUAAUCAAAUUGUUUAUUUUAAAGAUAAACAUCGUCUAUCAAAACAUGGUUCAAAUAAACCUGUAAAAAUAAAUGAAAGAAAAUUAAUACCAACAAAAAUUGUUGAAAAAAUUAAAACUAUAUUACCAUAUGAUGAAUUUUUAAAUUAUUCUCCAAUAAAUAAACCUUUAGAAAAUGUUAAUAUUGAAAAAAAUGAUAUAUCAUUUAUAUGUUAUACUUCAGGAACAACAUCACAACCAAAAGGUUGUACUUUAACUCAUUCAAAUCUAAUUUCAAAUAUAGUUGGAAUUAAAAAUGAAAUUUGUUUUAAUCAUUCAAAUCCUACAUAUGUUGCUUAUUUACCAUUGUCAUAUAUAUUUGAAAUUUGUGGUGAAUUAUUAUGUCUUGGUAAAGGUGUUCGUAUUGGAUAUUCAACAACAACAACAUUAACAAAAAAAUCUAUGAAAGUUAUUCCAGGAACUAAUGGAGAUUUGGAUGUUUUAAAACCAACAAUUGUACCAUCUGUACCAACAAUGUUAAAUAGAUUUAAAAGAGCUGUUUGUGAAGAAUUAAUGAAAAAAUCUGAAUUAGAACAAAAAUUAUUUACACUUUGUUAUAAUAGAAAAUUAAAUAGAAAAAUGAAAGGUCUUUCAACACCAAUUUUAGAUAAAACUAUAUUUAAAAUAACUUCAUCUUUUCUUGGUGGUAAAGUUAAUACUAUUAUAUGUGGUGGUGCACCAUUAGAUAAAGAUUUACAACGUUUUUGUCAGAUAAUAUCUAAUAGUACAUUUAUUCAGGGAUAUGGAGCAACAGAAGGUUGUGCUGUUGCUUUAUCAUCACCUGAUGACAUUACAACAGGAAAUGUUGGUGGACCAACAAUAACAACAAAUUUUAUGAUAACUAAUUGGAAUGAAGGUGGAUAUGAUAUAAAAAACAAUGAAGGUGAACUUUUAAUAAGUGGACCUUGUGUUAUAAAUAAUUAUUAUAAAAAUUAUAAUGAUGAAUCGUUUGUAAAAAGAAAUGGAAUUAAAUGGUUUAAAACGGGUGAUAUUGUUAAAAUAAGAAAUGAUGGUGCUAUAAUGGUUAUUGGAAGAAAAAAAGAAUUUAUUAAAAAUGCAAAUGGUGAAUUUAUAUCACUUAAUAAAAUAGAAAAAACAUUACUUAAUUGUAUUUAUGUUAAACAGAUAUGUGUUAUUGUAAAUCCUAAACUUGAUUAUACUUCUGCGAUUGUUGUAAUUAAUAAAGAUGCUAUAAAAAAAUUAGGAGAAAAAGUUGAACUUAAAGAAAAUAUAAUUAAUUUAUGUAAAAAUAAAUUAAUAAGAAGUACUGUUGUUUACACAUUUGAGGAAGAAUUUAAAGAAAUUUUAGCUAAAUAUGAAAUUCCAAGAAAAGUAAUUCUUGUAAGUGAAACAUUUAAUCAAGAAAAUGGUAUGUUAACAUCAUCAGGAAAAUUAAGGAGAAAAGUAAUUGAAGAAUUUUAUAAAAAUAUUAUUGAAUUAUCAUAUACACCAUAUAAAGAUGAAUUAAUUGAACCAGAACAUUUAAAUGAAAAUUAUAUUGAACAAAAAAAAAGAUAG